AUGGUUAAAAAAGAUUAUGGGAAAUAUUGUUGCACGGAAAAUUGUAGUUACGUAGUGCAUUCCAAGUGUGCAAUUCGGAAAGAUGUGUGGGAUGGAAAAGAGCUCGAGAAAGUACCAGAAGAAGAAGAAGAGGAAGCAUAUGAAAAUCUUAAUUUUUUCCAAGUGAUAGGUGAUGGAAUUAUACAACAUUUCAGCCAUUCACAUCAUCACAUGAGGUUAGAAAAAAUGUACGAUGAAUAUAAGCGAUGUCACGCAUGCGUACUUCCAUUUUAUGGUGGUGGUGAAGUUUACAACUGUAUGGACUCCAAUUGUGAUUUUGUACUUCAUGAAGUAUGUGCAAAUCUUCCUCGGACGAAAUAUCAUAUGGCACAUCCCUAUCCAUUUAUUCUACAAGUGAGUGACAACAAAAAUUGUUUCUAUUGUGAAUACUGCCAUCGUUUUUCGUAUGGUUUCAGAUAUGUGUGUGAGUCUAUAAGUUUAGACGUGCGAUGUGCUGCAAUAUCUGAGCCAUUCAACCAUCAAUCUUACCCACAUCCUUUGUUCCUAAGCAAUGAAUUUGGAAAAUAUAGAUCAUGUUCAAUGUGCAAAAAAGAUGGUUCUAUAACUUUGAACAGUCAAUAUGACUUCUCAUUGUGCUUCUACUGUGCAACACUCCCAUAUAAAGUGAGAUAUGAGCAUGCCGAACAUUUUCUCACCCUUUCUUAUGCAAAGGAAUCAGAACUUGAUUUGGGUUAUCAGGAUUGGUGUGAGGUCUGUGAGAAAACUAUAGACGAAUGGAUUUAUACAUGCACUGAAUGUGUGAUCACAUUCCAUAUUGCAUGUUUGCUAGGGAAAUGUGCAUUUUAUGUCAAUCCUGCUCAGAAUCGCUUGCUAGAUGGUAAAAAGAUUAAUAUAAUUAUGAGCAAUGGUUUUACUCGACCCAUCUGCAGUAAAUGUAAAAGGCGGUGCAGUGAUAAAUUAAUGCUGCUCUGUGAAGAUAACGAAGUAGUAUUUUGUUAUCGUCAUUGGGAAGUGUAUGAUAUUUAGGGUGAGGAAUUCGAGUGCUGGUAGCGGAGAGGAAGGAACCAAAUUUACAUGUUCUGGUUGGUAUCCAAGGAUUAAUUCCUUGUUACAGCGAAUAAAAAAAGAAAGAGGAGAUUGGGUAUUGUGUGUUCUUUUUAAGAGUCUACAUUAAUGUACUUUGUAUAAUAUUUUAUCUUUUACUCAUAAUAAC